CCCAGCAGUGCCACCCGCAAGCUCCGCCCACCUGUGCCCAGCAGUGCGCCCACUAGCUCCGCCCACCUGUGCCCAGCAGAUCACCCACCUGUGCCCAGCAGUGCACCCACCUGUGCCCAGCAGUGCACCCACCUGUGCCACUCUGCAGUGCCACCCACCUGUGCCCAGCAGUGCCACCCACCUGUGCCCACCCACCUGUGGCCACCCACCUGUGCCCACCCACCAGUGCCACCCACCAGUGCUGCCAGUCAGUGCCACCAUCAGUGCCGCCAGUCAGUGCCCAGCAGUGAUGCCAGUCAGUGCCGUCUAUCAGUACCCAUCAUCAGUGUCACCUAUCAGUGCCGCCUAUCAGUGCUGCAUAUUAGUGCCGCCUAUCCGUGA